GUCCCAGCUCGGCCCCGCCUCUUGGCACUCACAGACCGGAGCAGAGCGGCUCUUCAUCAGCAGCAGCAGCUGACGGCCCCGCAGCCCCGGACAGACAGACAGACAGACAGCAGCAUGUUGGCCUGCAGAGCCUGGCAGAGGUGCGGGCCCCUGGCCCGGAGAGCGGCCCCGCGGCUGCCCCGCGACGGUAUGCAGCGCCGGUCCAUGUCGUCUGUCCCCGGCGGGUCUGGGGAGAACAUCGUGUACGCCCUGCUGUGUGGCGGCGCCCUGGUCGGUUCUGUGUCUUACGCGUACUCCACCGUGUCCACGGACCACGCCCGCUUCAACAGUCGCAUUGAUGAGCUCAAGGCCAGACCCAAGACCGAGUGGGUGCCCAAACCCUGGCCCCCGAAAAGCAGAGAUGAAGAGGAUGGUGACGAUGAGGAGGAGGCUGGUGGAGAGGCGGAGAUUGUAGAGGAGGAAGCUGCUGGUGAGGAGGAAGCUGCUGGUGAGGAGGAAGCUGCUGGUGGCGAGGCGGAGACUGUAGUGGAGGAAGCGGCCGAGGAAGCAGCCGAGGUGGUGGCCGAAGUGGCCGAGGUGGUGGCCGAGGCGGCAGAGGUGGUGGCCGAGGCGGCAGAGGUGGUGGCCGAAGCAGCGGAGGAGGUGGCCGAGGUGGCGGAGGAGGUGAAGGCGGUUGCGGAGGAGGUGGCAGAAGCAGCCGAAGCUGUGGAAGAAGCCGCCGAGGCUGCGGCAGAGCCGGAGGUCGCUGCAGAGGAGUCCCCAAGCAAUGUACUGCUGGCAGCUGCCUCUAUAUUAGAGGUACAGAAGAUGGCUGAAGUAAAGGAGAAGUUGGCACCCAUUGUUGAAGACCUCAAAGAAGAACCUCCAUCACAACCAGAGUCGAUGCCUGUUGAAGACAUCCCACCAGUUACACUAGCAGAAGACGUUUCUGCACCUGCAGACAUUACACUAGAGUCUGUCCCAGUUACUGAGGAGAUUGUUACACCAGUGGAAGUUGAGGCCCCUGCAGUAGAGGCUGCACCAGUUGAAGAAACCCCUGCUCCAGUAGAGGCUGCACCAGUUGAAGAAACCCCUGCUCCAGUAGAGGCUGCACCAGUUGCCGAGGAGGCCCCUGCACCAGUUGUUGAGGAGGCCCCUGCACCAGUUGAGCUUGCACCAGUUGUUGAGGAGGCCCCUGCACCAGUGGAGGUUGCACCAGUUGCUGAGGAAGUCCCUGCACCAGUUGCUGACGAAGUCCCUGCACCAGUUGCUGAGGAAGUCCCUGCACCAGUUGCUGAGGAAGUCCCUGCACCAGUUGCUGAGGAGGCCCCUGCACCAGUUGUUGAGGAGACCUCUACAACUAUAGAGGUUGUGCCAGUUGCUGAAGAGGCUACAGUACCAGUAGAGAUUGCACCAGUUGCCGAGGAGGUCCCUGCACCAGUGGAGGUUGCACCAGUUGCUGAAGAGGCCCCUGCACCAGUGGAGGAUGCACCAGUUGUUGAAGAGGUUGCUGCACCAGUAGAGGUUGCACCAGUUGCUGAGGAAGUCCCUGCACCAGUUGCUGAGGAAGUCCCUGCACCAGUUGCUGAGGAAGUCCCUGCACCAGUUGCUGAGGAGACCCCUGCAUCAGUUGUUGAGGAGACCCCUGCAACUGUAGAGGUUGUACCAGUUGCUGAAGAGGCCCCUGCACCAGUAGAGGAUGCACCAGUUGUUGAAGAGGUCGCUGCACCAGUAGAAGUUGUACAAAUGGCUGAGGAGGUCCCUGCACCAGUUGUUGAGGAGGCCCCUGCACCAGUUGCCGAGGAGACCCCUGUACCUUUAGAGGUUGUACCAGUUGCCGAGGAGGCCCCUGCACCUGUAGAGGUUGUACCAGUUGCCGAGGAGGCCCCUGCACCAGUUGUUGAGGAGACCCCUGCACCUGUAGAAGUUGUACCAGUUGCCGAGGAGGCCCCUGCACCAGUUGUUGAGGAGGCCCCUGCAUCAGUGGAGGUUGCACCAGUUGUUGAGGAGGUCCCUGCACCAGUUGUUGAGGAGACCCCUGCACCUGUAGAGGUUGUACCAGUUGCAGAGGAGGCCCCUGCACCAGUUGUUGAGGAGACCCCUGCUCUAGUAGAGGUUGCAUCAGUUGCUGAGGAGACCCCUGCCCCAGUAGAUGUGGGGGAAACCUCAGCACAAGUCUCUGAAAUCUCUGCACCAGCAGAGGAUGAGGCCAUUGCAGCUUUAGCUGAAGAACCAGUUACCACAACAGUUGUGGAAGAAGUUGUAGCCACCCUUGCUGCAGACAAUCCUUUGACGGAAGCAGCUACACUCACUAGGGAGAUCCGGGUAGAUGAUGCCAACAGGGAGUAUAUUGUUGUUGUUCUGGAAGGAGCGCCUAAAGAAGAAAAGAGGCCCAAAGUACUUGGAGUGGGCCCGUUGACUGGAAGAAUUAUCCCAGCUCCAGAAGAUGAUGGUGCCCCAGCUUCUGAGGGUAGGCGACGUGUGCUUAGGAUGCAAAUGCAGUAGUUUCAACAAAGUAAACAUCUACUGAAUGAUGGAUUUGAUCUCUUCUGGAAGAAGAGGAUGUGCCUUUCUCCACUUUCCUUCCUUCUUUUAACCUGGUGUAAAAGGGGAGUCAUAAGUAGUUAGUCUACAUCUAUGAUACAGGGUUAGAUACCUGCUUUACUGAACCAUCACCAACAUAGUAUUUCAUACAAUCUGUUACUGAUGCUUCACACCGAUGAGGUGUUAGAUGAGCCUUGUAGUAUUAAAACCUUUUCCUGUAAUCUCUGUGAACUAUUUUCCGUUUACAGCUGUCGGCAAAACUGAGCCAUUUAGUCAACUCCUCCUUACUGGGAGUUUGCUGCCUCCUCAAUCACUCCAGUGGAAUAUAUUGACACAUCCCUAACCACACCAAAUCACUGCCCUGCCACCUCAGUGUUGUCUCUUAGAGAUUCCGUGUCACCAGCAGUCUGUUACAGUACCCAACCGAAGCACUCGCUGUACUUUAUUUCUUUAGAAGAGCGUGCCGGCUCAAGAGCCCGUGUAGCUACCUCAGAUUUCCUCAUGUUGUCAGGAUUCACACGUGACCUCUUUGGGAUGCUCCUAGUGUUUCCUUUCUUGGCCUACAACACAGCUUCCAAGUAACUAGCCUCAAUACACACAUUGGAACAUUCUCCCAGUUACGACAAUCAAAAAAAUCAGUAAUUAACUCUUAACUUUUCUUUUUGACGUGUAAGUUAUGGCAGAAACUUGGAAUGAAAUGUCCUGCUCUUAUUGAGUCUUAUUGAGUGACAGUCUUACAUAUUUUUGCCUAUCAAAGCGCCUCCUGUUUCCUUAUAUGCCAUUCUAUUUGUGUUUUUUCCUCUUGGAUGGCUUUGUUCCUCCUUAUUUGUGUUGAAACAUUCAGGAAAAGAUUGUGAAUGUAUGAAAUAUUAGCGCUUUCUCCCCAGUAUCAAACGUACCCUUUUUGUUUUGCACACACUCCAUUAAGAUUAUGUCAAAUCAAGUCCUUUUGUUGGAUUCUUCUUUUUUUUUGUUAAGUUAGUUUGUCUGUACUGUGUGCAUUUCAGCGUAUCUCUAUGUAUCUGAAAAAGUAAUCGAAUAGGACAAUAUAUAAGCUCCGUCUUGUUCUUUCACCUUCAAUCUUUCCUGUUUCACUCCACAGUCAGACUUGCAAGGAUGUGUAUUUAAAAGGCAUGCAGCAUGUAAACAAGCGUUACUGAUGUUAUGAUGGCGCAAUAUGUUUGUGAAUUUGAAGUGUUGAUGUAUGUCAGAAGGAAAGUGUCCCGUGUGAAAUGCUUUGACAGCUCUGUUCUGGUUCUAGCUUCCUUUUCCGGCUUUACCGUUGAAUUUCUCCAUUGCCUAGGUGACAGAUAUAAUGAACAGACCUGUGGUCACUGAGGGAAUCAUAACUGGAAUGUUGGCAUGCGUUUAAAAACUGGGAAAUGACAUUAUGUACCUUGUGCUUGAACAAUCAUUUCUGUCUUAGGACUUGAGCCAAGGAUUGAUACUGUGACACAUUGAGCCUGUUUUGCAAAAUAAAGGGGGAUUAAAAAACA